UUCUCUCCAUUUUUCUUCACGACAUUUGACAGAUGAUAAAGUGGCCGCCGUCCCAAGGAUCCGUCCGUGUUGAAGCCACUCCUAUCAUAGCCAAAUCCAAAUUCCGCCUUUGCUAAUAAGUGUCUUACAAGCGAUGCAGGUUUUGUGUUUGAAAUACGUGACAGUGAUAUGGCUUAAUUGUUAGUGGACAAUCAGUUAUCAAUCAAAAUGAGUGGGCGAUCGAGCCGUGGUGUGUUUGGAAAACUCUUCUCUAAAAAGACUCCCAGAGAGAGAGAAGAGCGAGUGACUGAUAUUGGUAUGCCUACAGACGUGAAACAACACAUUCAUGUUAGUAAGAACUCAGAAACUGGUAUGUUGGAAGGAUUACCAACGUCCUGGUUGCGAUUGUUGAACACACAGAUUACACCCGCCGAACAAAAUGAAAACCCAGAUGCAGCCAUUCAGGCUGUCAAGUUCCAUAUGUACACAAUCAAAAAGGAGAAAGCACCCGACGAGCCUUUCAAGCCUUUCCUUACUGACGAGGCAAUUACUGAAGAAAAUAAAGAAAUAGAGAAGUUGCUAGAUCAUAAGAAUGCACACCAAAGUCAGGAGUCAGACCUGUCAAUCGGUCAAAGCAGUGAGGAGGAGGUCAGCACUAAUGACAUUUACUCUCAGAGGCAAACCAUGCCUGCCGCUCCCAUGAAACACAACUUGAAGAAGAAAGAUGCGAUGAUGGACUUGACAGCUGUGGUGGAGGACUUAACUCUGAUUGGUAAUGACCCUGAGGAAAGCCCAAUAUUGCGGAAGAAAGAGCUGAGAUAUGCGACACUGACUGAUGAAGAGAUAUAUGAAGAGCUGCGGAAGAUAUGCAACAAGGAUGAUCCUUAUGUACGGUUUGAGAGAAUCAAGCAGCUGGGGGCUGGUGCAUCAGGUGUGGUGUUCGUCGCGAUAGACAGCAAGGACAACUCCAAAGUUGCCAUCAAGGAUAUCGACCUCACCAAGCAAAGCAAGAAGGAACUAAUACUCAAUGAAAUUAACGUGUUGAAGGGAUUCAACCACAAGAAUCUGGUCAAUUUCUUAGACGCGUUCCUUAGUUACGAUCACCUGUGGGUCGCAAUGGAAUUGCUCGACGGAGGGUCCCUCAACUACGUCGUGACUGAAGUUGUAAUGAAGGAAGGCCAGAUAGCUGCCGUGUGUCGUGAGACACUUCAGGCCAUUGCCUUCCUGCACUCCAAAGGAACAAUACACAGGGAUAUUAAGUCUGACAACGUCCUGCUCGGUAUGGACGGCACUGUCAAAGUCACAGACUUUGGAUUCUGCGCGAACAUUGUAGGCGACGAAAAACGACAAACUAUGGUUGGCACGCCUUACUGGAUGGCACCUGAAGUCGUCACCAGGAAGCAGUAUGGUAAAAAGGUUGAUGUGUGGUCGCUAGGUAUUAUGGGGAUCGAAAUGAUUGAAGGUGAACCUCCUUACAUGAAAGAAUCCCCGUUGCGGGCUUUAUAUCUAAUCGCUGCAGUAGGGCGGCCGAAAAUCCCUAGGUGGGAAAAGUUAACACCACACUUCCAGGACUUCCUAGACAAAUGUUUACAAGUAGAUGUAGAUUUACGAGCCGCGGCAGACGAGCUCCUAAGGCAUCCGUUCCUUGAUUGUGCCAUGGAGCUGAGGACACUAACGCCCCUCAUCAAGGCCGCGCACAACGUGCACCGCAAGAACCACGACUGAGACUGGUAACUGUUUCAUUCCUUCUUCAUUUCUACGUGUAUUUCACUUUUAUAGCCUUUUACAAUUUUGUAUGCUCUUUAUGAAUGUAAUGAAAUGACUGUUAUGAAGUGCCAAGUUUUGCAUAGUAUUUACAAGGUUACGACUAAUGGACAAUAUACGCCAGAAGGCGUCAUUUUAACAACGUUUAAUUAAAAAAGGAUUUAAGCGCACAUAACGGAGAACGGAAAGCAUUCUGUAUUAGCUUAGUUUUUCCUAGAUAGAGCUAUACAUUUUUCGUUGUACGCAUGUAGAAUAAAAUCGCAAGAUAUUAAUUUCGACAGCACUAAGCGCGUACCUAUAGCUUUUGUCUUAUCUGUAGACUCGUAUAGAUACCGUAUCUCCAACUGAUAUAGAUAUUCACACAUCACACUUAAGUGUUCCCCUAAUGAAAUGUUCGAGGGUUACGUAUGAAAUCUUUAAUUUUUGUACAAGAAAAUGCCAUAAUUAUGCAAUACAAAUUGAUUUUACAAGUUUUAGGCUAAUUGGCUUAGGAUUUUUAGUUACUUAAUAAUAAGAAUGUAAUCUGUCCAAAUUAAGUAUUUUUAUAUUGUAAGGAAACAGUUUUGGUAACAUUUUGGACGCAUAGGUAUUAUAUAGGUUUUUGGAAAUCGUGCAGUUUUAUGAUAGAUGUCAUUAUGACGCUGGCCACUGUACCAACUAACAUAUAACAGAGCAAUGAAAUGGAAUAUUUUUUUUAAACUACAAAUCAUAGUUAAGAUUUUUAUAUUGAUACUUUAUAUUAAUUGCAAUCGAGUUGCAGUGGCCACACAAAUACGGUUUAUUUGUAAAGUACUUUUUGAUAAAAUAAGUGAUUGGUGCACAGUUAGGCUAUUACCAAAAAUGUACAUACAUAAAAUAACUUUUUAGCUAGUCGUAAUCAUUUGCAAUGUUAUUUUUUAUAAUUAUAUAUUAUACCGGUUCAACCAAAUGCAACAGUUUAGGAAGCGUUGUCACAUUCCUGUACCAUUCUCGUACAUCUUAUGAAAAUGUAUUCCGUGGAAAAAGUAUUAUAUAUUCUACUUUACAUUAUAAAACUAACAACAAAAAAUUAAGACUGUAUUACAGUACUGCAUUUUGAAAGAAUAGUAUUAGCCAUUGUUUAGAAAUAUAUUAAAUACUAAUGAGAGCACAAUAGGACGGACAGUACUCUCCGGCGGCGUGUCAACUAACAUUAUAUAAAGUGUAUUCCUUCAUCGAACAUUAGGUUGUAUUCCUCAUUGUCCUAUACCUGGGACAUUGCCUCCAUUAGACAUUGGAAUAAUUUCCUAACAAUUUCAGCCAAUUUACUUGUGCUCAAACUUUAUGUUUAAUAAAAAAUGAACUUUAUUAUGUUAAAGUUACAGCAUACGUUUCUAUGCGAAUUUAAAAAAUAGUCUGGUCAUGGUAAAUAAGGAAAUGUUUAGUGCUAUUAUUAUGUGUAUUGCAAAUAUGUUGUGCUAUUUCUAUGUGGUGUAUUGUAGGAUAAUUUGUUUGCUAAUUUCUAUAGUGUUCAAUUGUUUUAUACUAUCUUUCUCUAUAAUUAUAUUUUGAUUGUUGGUCAGUAUACAUAGCAAUGUGUUGCCAUUUUCAACAGUUUUACGUGAGCAUUUUCCAUGUAUUAAACCUUCAAUACACCUUAGAGUUAUACUCAUAAGAAUAUUAGUGUGUAUAUGAAUAAAGGCAAUUUGUAACAGCUUAAACUCCCCGAGUGAUAUUAAAACUUUGGAUCGUGUUCAUUGAUAUUUUUCUAUCAUCGUUUUCACUUUCAAGUGCAAUAAACUGUCAUUACGCUUCAAAAGGACAAAAUGUAUUUUGAGAUUGUUUUAGUAUUAUGUCAGUAUCUUAUGUUUGUUUUUAAGACGACAUACAAUUGAUCCGUCUUAGCUUAUGGGAGGCAUCAGUUUAUACCUAAUAAUAUCUCUGCCAUGAGUGCCUGCUUUAUACUGUAGUUUAGAUGUACUUUUACGGACUAGUAUUUAAGCAUUUUCAUCGACACAACGAAGAAUCGUGUGCAUGCUGUUCUAUGUGAAGAUACAGUCUCGUUACUUUGAUGAAUCAUUUUAAAUUAUAAUUUGUAUAGAAGUAAUUGUGGGAAUUUUGUACACAGAAAGUACAAUGCAUUGUGGUGGCAAUACUACCUACGUAUAAAAGAUCGUCCACUUAUGUAAUCAACGUCGAGGUACUUAGUAAAUCGAGAUCAUUGGCGACUGGCGACCGAGCUGUUGCCUCGCUCGCCCAGACCCGGCAUUGUACGCUCUAACUGCUAGUAACGCCAGACUCGUCUCAUAUAGUGCAGCAAUAUGUAUUGACGCUACGCUAUUAUUGUAAGUUUAUAUACACAAAGGACACUUUUUUGAACAUUUUAUUAAUAUAAUUUGCCUAUUAAAUUAUUUUUCUAAAAUA